AUGGCAGAAACAAAGGCGAUCAUUGCCACCGCCACGGUAUUAUACGGCAAGAUUUCGCGCGCGUACGACAACUUGCGGAAGCUCGGCGAGGCCAACAUCACCCUCGGCGCAGUAGAGGCCCGGCUUCAAAACCUCGAGAAGCUGUGGGAAAAGUUCGACGCAAUUAACGAUACGCUAGCCGAUCGUGUGGAAGAAAUAAAACAUGAUGUCUACGCCAAGCAAGACAUCCCGUCAUUAGGUGAGGAAGCUUACCUGCAGAAUAAGGGCCUCAUGCUCGACCUAAAGAGCGCUCUCCAGCGGCGGCUGCAGGCAGCCAGCUCUACCUCGGCCGCGCCAACAACCUCCGCUUCUCGGACAGCGCUGCCAAAAAUCCAGCCACCGACCUUCGCCGGGAAGUACGAAGACUGGCCGUCCUUCCGAGACCUCUUUCAAUUCAUCAUCGGCAGGAACCAGGCAGCCAGACCUGUUGAAAAACUGCAUUACCUCAAGCUCUGUGUAAAGGGUGAUGCGGAACUGCUAAUACGCAAUUUGAGUACGACGGAUGAAAAUUACGAGAUCGCCUGGAAGACGUUGAGCGAUUUCUACGAGAACAAGAGGUUGUUAACUCGUAACUACCUCAACAACUUUCUGGCUCUUACUAAAAUGAAGAGCGAAUCCGCAGCUGAGCUAGGGCGACUCUUCCACGGCGUAAAAACAACCGUAAGUUCGCUGAAGAGCAUCGAUCGUCCCAUCGACCGCACGGAGGACUUCUUUGUUCACCUUGUAGUUGAGCUGCUCGAUAAUCGUUCGCGUCGCGAAUGGGAGAGCGUCAUCAGCCACACCACCAACCCGCCUACCUACGCCGAAUUGGAAGGAUUCAUAGAGCGACGGCUGCAUACCUUAGAGGCUCUGUUUCCUGUGAAGAACGACAGCCGCAGCAGCAGCGACACCAAAGCAACUCGAAGCCAUCACGUAAAGAAAACUGAGCCGAAAGACAGGUCCAGAAGUCGGUGCGCCGGUUACCAGGGGGACCACUUCAUAAUGUUUUGCAGCAGCUAUAAAGAGAAGACGGCUACAGCGCGCAGGCAGUUUGUACGCGAACAGAACCUCUGUUCUAACUGCCUGGGGCGCCACCAGCUGACUGAGUGCGCGUCAAAAAAGACCUGUAUGACGUGCGGCAGUCGGCACCACUCUUCUCUGCACGACGCCUUCCGCGACGCCGAGACCGCUACGACAUCACACGUGGCUCAAGGACAGCCCUUCGCCUCUGUCACUGUGCUGCUCGCCACUGCUCGAGUCCGCGUCCUCGAUCGUCACGGAUCAUGGCAUCCCGCCCGAGCUCUGAUCGACCAGGGCUCAGAGACGACCAUAGUUUCGGAGCGGUUGGUUCAACGACUGCGACUGCCUCGCACGUCUGCCGCCGUCAGCGUCUAUGGACUCGGCGAGCAAAGAACGGGAAUCGCCAAGGGCAAGGUCAAGCUCACCUUUCGAGCGCUCAACGGUGAGACGUCCAACUCCGUCUCCGCCUUGAUUUUGCCGAAGCUGACUCUAUUCUCCGGAGGAUGCCGCCGAAGCCUGCAAUCCUGGACACAUCUCAGGGACCUGGAGCUCGCCGAUCCAGAAUUCCAUUCCGCUGAUCCAGUAGACCUUCUGCUGGGCGCCGACGUCUACGGAUUAAUCAUCCGCCAGGGUCUGAAAAAGGGAGGUCCUCAGGAACCGGUGGCACAGCAAACUUCGCUAGGCUGGAUACUCUCAGGAGCCAUCAACGAGAAUACACGCUGCCAACGUAUGUCCUCCCACCAUUGCCAAGUGGAGGAAGACCUCACCUGUUUGGUACGUCGCUUUUGGGAGCAGGAAGAGGUUCGACAGCCGUCUCAGCUCUUCACCAAGGUCGAGCGGGAGUGCGAAGAGCACUAUCGUCAGUACCACACACGCAACGCCGAUGGCCGGUACGUCGUGCGCCUGCCCACGACGGAAUCUCUACCGGAUCUCUCUGGAACAAUCCGCGCCGCCCGCCGGGCUCUGCAACAUACAGAGAAGAAAUUUGAUCGAGAGAGCGAGUUCAGAGGUAUGUAUGUCAAAUUCAUGCAACAGUACUUAGACCUGCGCCACAUGAUGCCUGCUCCGCCUUCGACUACCACGCGUCCUGGAGCUUGCUAUCUACCGCAUCACGGGGUCCUGCGUCCUGACAGCACCUCCACAAAACUGAGGGUAGUCUUCAACGGCUCGAGCUCCUUGCCAAACGGAGACUCUCUCAACAGAUAUCUAGCAACGGGACCGAAUCUACUACCUUCUCUGGCCGACAUCCUACUGAGUUGGCGACGCCAUCGCUACGUCUUCGCGACUGACAUCGAGAAGAUGUACAGACAGAUCCUUGUGCACCCCGACGACCAAUGUCUGCAAAGGAUAUUAUGGAGAGAGAGCAGCAACGACGAAGUCAAGGAGUACUGGCUAAGUACCGUUACUUACGGGCUUUCCUGUGCUCCUUAUCUGGCGAUCCGUACUUUGCGCCAACUUGCCGAGGAUGAGGGACAUCGCUACCCGAAGGGAGCUCUCAUCCUGCUGAGCGACGUUUACAUGGACGACAUCCUGGCAGGCGCGGAGACCAUGGAGGAAGCCGAGGUCAUGAUCCAACAGCUGAUGGAGAUCUGCAGGGCGGGCGGCUUCUCGCUUAAGAAAUGGUCGGCAAACCAUUCGCUGUUACUGAACCAAGUGGAGCCCGACGACCGGCUUCGACAAGAGUCUAGAUGGUGGCUGCCCGGCGAGAGUCACUCUACGCUCGGUCUAAGAUGGCAACCACGUGACGAUCUCUUCGCAUUCGCUACCAAAGCGAUCACACUAUCGACCUUCAGCAAACGGUCGGUACUUUCGUUGACAGCGAAGAUGUUCGACCCUCUUGGCUGGCUGGCACCAACAACGAUAUUGGCAAAAAUCUUCAUCCAGUCUACCUGGUUGCUAGGUCUGGAUUGGGACGCUCCGCUACCUUGCGACGAAGCGAGAAGAUGGUUACGAUUCCAGAGCGAGCUGCCGGCUCUGGAAAAAGUAAUCGUACCUCGAUGGCUGGGAGGUGUGACUGAAUCAAUGUUGGAAAUCCACGGAUUCGCCGAUGCCUCCGAGCGUGCCUACUCCGCAGUGAUCUACCUGAAGAGCAAAACAAAGGGCAUUACUAAGGUGACUCUCUUAGCUGCCAAAACCAAGGUCGCGCCAUUGAAGCAGGUAUCAUUACCUCGACUGGAGCUAUCUGCAGCGACUCUUCUGGCUCGUCUCGUCGCCCACACCUUGCCGAUCAUCGGAGCUGAAAGAGCACCUCUUCACAUGUGGUCGGAUUCCACAAUCACGCUCGGCUGGAUCCGAGGACAUCCAUCGACGUGGGCCACCUAUGUGGCCAACAGGGUCAGCGAGAUACAAACGCUGAUCCCUGAUGCCCACUGGCAUCACGUACCAGGACGAGAAAAUCCAGCGGACUGCGCUUCUCGGGGACUAUAUCCUGGUGAGCUGGUUGACCACCCGCUCUGGUGGCAAGGUCCGGAAUGGUUAGCAACGGAGAGCAGCCCGUGGAUAAACAAUGGAGAGGAGAUUCCAACGGAGGACCUCCCAGAGAGACGAGUCCGGGCCCACGCCGCCGCCGUUGCCGAGCUGGAACCCGAGUCAGAAUUGCUGCUGCGCUAUUCUUCUCUGACCAGACUGCUGCGGAUCACUGCAUGGUGCCGUCGCUGGUGGCUGAUCCACCGCCAGCUUCGUCACCCUCAAAGCCAGUCUAACGAAAUCAGCGCCGACGACCUGACGGAAGCCCGCCUCUCCUGGGUUAGAUUGAUCCAGGCUGAAAGUUAA